GGUUUCGUUGGUGAGGUGCUUCCUGAUAGAAACCAAGAUAAUAAGCACAUGUUUUAUACACAUAAAAACAUUUUAGUGAAGUAUAAUGGGAACCAGAUAAUUCAUGUUAACCUUUCACAAGAGAGCCCUAAACCCCUUGAGGAAGGAAAGACAUUAGACUUGACAUACUCAGUCAGUUGGACUCCAACUAACACCAGUUAUGCACAUCGUUUUGAUGUUUACUUGGACUACCCAUUCUUUGAGCACCAGAUCCACUGGUUUUCUGUUUUCAAUUCGUUCAUGAUGGUUAUUUUCCUCACUGGCUUGGUGUCAAUGAUUCUUAUGCGCACUCUCCGUCACGAUUAUGCCAAGUAUGCACGUGAAGAUGAUGAUUUGGAAUCUCUGGAACGGGAUGUAAAUGAAGAGUCUGGGUGGACCACCACAGUAUUUAUCUUUGCUUUCGGCUGUUGUCGGCACUGGGGCUCAACUCGCAAUGCUUGUUCUCCUUGUCAUUAUAUUGGCAAUUGAUGGAAUGCUCUAUGUAGGGAGAGGAUCAAUUAUUACAACCUUUAUUGUGUGUUAUGCAUUUACAUCUUUCAUUUCGGGUUAUGUGAGUGGUGGCAUGUAUUCACGUAAUGGUGGUAAAAAUUGGAUGAAGUCAAUGUUUCUGACAACAUCACUUUUUCCUUUUAUGUGCUUUGGGAUUGGUUUCCUUUUAAACACCAUUGCUGUAUCUUAUGGAUCUUUAGCGGCUAUUCCCUUUGGUACAAUGGUUGUUGUUUUUGUCAUUUGGGCUUUCAUUUCCUUUCCCCUUACUCUUCUUGGUACUGUUCUUGGAAGAAACUGGAAUGGUGCUCCAAACAAUCCUUGCCGUGUAAAGACCAUCCCACGUCCUAUACCUGAGAAAAAAUGGUAUCUCAAGCCAUCUAUUGUCUCUCUUAUGGGAGGGCUGCUGCCCUUGGGAGCAUUUUUAUUGAAAUGUACUUCGUCUUCACAUCCUUCUGGAAUUACAAGGUCUAUUAAGUCUAUGGCUUUAUGCUCCUUGUUUUUAUUAUAC